AUGGCCGAGGUGCUAGCAACGCAUUCAGAUCGGGCAGCAUCGCGCACAGAGUUGUUGCAGGGCAUCGAUCUCGCACGCGUGCUUCAUGGGCACCGACCCGACUAUGUGGACCUCGCAGUGGCCCCGGAAACCAAAGGCAAGGCUCUCAGCCGAGUUGUCGCACCCCGACAGGAUACUCGGCCACAUACCGCACUGAGGCAGUGUCAACACGUGGUCCAUGAGUCGCCGACAGCGGAACAGGCACUCUGCGGCAACACCGCCACCGAGAACCCGAGCGUUCAGGACUUGAUCGCCACCGCUGCGGUCGCGCUGCAGGACGUGUACCAGCUCGUGCCAAGGGUAAGUCUGGGGGAAGUCGCACAAGAGACCGCCGACGCUGCAGAACACAAGCUCCACUCCUUGUUCAAGAGACUUCUGACUAAGUGCGACAACGUCGCUUAUUUAGAGCGACAGACGUCCGAGCUACUGGAGCCGGAGAAACUCUUUAUUUGGAGGAAACACUUGGAUAUAGUUUUGUGGUCGCGUGCAUGGGCCUCGCUGCGAAAGCAUCAGAGAGCCGCACGCGAGAAAGCGCUUGCGCAAGAUACCUCGACCAUGAGCGAAUCUGAGAGGGAGCUGAUCCUCCCAGCAGGCAGCGGAUUGGCCGCUGCCUUUAUGAACCUCUUUCAAGAAAGUCUACAGAUUCAACCGCAUCGGGAUAGGCUGCGAGCCUUUGAAACGCAGAUCGGGCAAGAAGUCGAGUCCCUCCUUGGUCAGGGAUUCACCUGGCCGCAGAUUCUGCAUCUGCCCAAUUUGGUGGAUUUCCCAGCCGCUGCGGCGAUCGAGUUCCAGGAACUCAUGACUGGGAUAAAGGCCUCCUACGACACAGGAUGCGUUCCAGAAGGAGGCACGGCUGCAGCUUCCACGGGCAAUUCAGCGGGCCAUGCAGCAGGACCCGCAGUCGAAGGAGACAUCGCCUAUGAUCCCAUGUCGGAGGGGACCAUAGCCACCGCCGCAGAGAUAGCCAGGCGUGGAUAUGCAGGACCUCCAACUCUCCCAGAUGGUGCUCCGCAGCCGGUGCCGCCCGACGGCUUGUGUCUCAGCUACGCUUGCGUGGGCGCGCACAACACGGCGUUUCUCGCGGCACUGCAGCGAGACCGUUCUGGCUUUGUGGUCAACCCAAAUGCGGGUCGACAGUUCCGGGCAGCGGCCGAGAAUUUCUGCGACGCCGUGGCCGGUCGAGCUGCGGCGGCCGGUCGCAGGGACGUAGCGCAACAGCUACGCCGCAGAGACUGGCCGGGAGAAGCUGCACUGCACUUCUUCGCGCGUGAGUUGCAAGGGAGUUUGAUGAUAACCUCCAUCUACUCCGAGCUCCCCUUCCUGUUCGGCGAAGGUCCUCUGGCGGUGCACGUGUGGCACGGAUUGACUGAACCGGAUGCCGCAGGGGAAUCAUCCGGCCAUUUCGAGCUAAUCCAGUCUUGGUUGCCGCAGCCUCUGGCCAAAGAAGUGGAGCGGAGCAGGCCCCGCAAACGACGCCACAAAUCAGAAAAGUCUUCGUCCUCCUCCGAAAGCCAUGCAGAUGAUCGGAAACCCGAUAAGUCGUCCAGGACUCGGACAAGGAAGACGGCAGCCAUAUCGAGCGAGGCGACAGCUAGCCAUGCAACGAAUGAGACGUCCCACAGCUCUUCCGCAGCAGGCGCAGGGAAGAAGGCAAGCCUGCCCAGCGCAGGAGCAGCAGCUUCAAGCAUAAUCCCAAUCGAGGUCGCAACUUCCACCCCUGCCAAUGACCGUCGACACAUAGAUGAGCCCGGCUCAGCGGCAGCAGCUUCAGGCAUACUCCCAAGCGAGGGUGCAACCUCCACCCCAGCAAGUGUCUGUCAGCAUAUAGAUGAUGCGACGCCAUCCAGGCCAUCACGUCCUUGGGCAUGGACUCCCUCCGCCUUAUACAAGUUGUUUGAAGACUAUGACGAACCCGUCAAAGCAGACGCUGCAGAAACUCGGUCGCGGCCCUCGGCCCGCCGAAGAACACAAGAGGACUUAGCCUGGGCUGCGUGGAUGGAGGCGCGUCUCGCUGAAGAAGAUCCAACGAAAGUUGAGGAGGACAAGACCAUGCAGAAGCCAUCGCAAGACUCCGACAUCCUGGAUGAACGAGAUGAUGCAAUAGAAGAUCUCUGGGAAGAGUUCCAAGAAGCAGAGAGACGUUCGCAAACAGUCGAGAUCACAGGCGCCAUACCGACCAUGGGCGAUCGCAUUCUUGUUCUGCAGCAGACGUAUCUGGGUCUCAUCCUUGCCGGGUCCAAGGAGCUAGAAAUUCGGGGCAUGCGACUGAAACCGCAGCGCAUCUGGCUGGGCAACCAAGGUCUGAUCUUCGGAGAAGCUUGCAUCGUGGAGGCCAGGGAGAUUCUAUCCGACACAGAAUGGCAGCAACUGUGGCCGCAACAUCACUGGCGCUGUGCGGAGCGUCCAUACAAGCACACCUUCGCAAUGAGGCUGUCGGAUGUCAAACGAUGCUCUCGGCCAUGGCGAUACACGCAUCCACGCGGAGCCGUUGGCAUAGUGCGGUAUCGACCUGCAGCCCAUCGACAGAUCACCGACAAUAGUCAGAGCACCAAGGCGAGGACUGGCGAGACAGCGACGGCAAAGAACCAGGGGGAGCACGAGUGCGCACCGCACUCCGGCAAGCGGCCGGCGCUCGAGCAACGCAUCAGCGAGAGUCCGACAGGCAUGCAAGACACCCAGGAGGAGACCGCAUGCGCAGCCAGAGAAGACGAGCAGGCGCAAGGAGACGCAUGUCGCUUUCGUCGCGAUGGCAGCGGCAAGGCAGCACACACAUCGACAUUCAGCGAAACGCAGCACUGCAUCUUCUGUGACUCCAAGGCCAUGAUGAAAGCACAGGCCGGAGCACCGUACGCGAUUCAGCGAAUUCUCAACUCUCUGAAGCAGAAAGACAACGGGCUGCAUGAGGCCGCCGUCGAUCGCAUGAAGCAGUCCCUCGCGGCCGGCAAGCAUCCCUGGGAAGUAGCGUUACAGCGGCGGGAAUGCCAGCAGGAUACGACCGCAGAGGAGGUACGCCGCGGAGAAGCGGCCCGAGCAGAGGAUGCAGCACGCGCUGCCAAGAAGUUUCCUGAGGUAUUCGGGUCGGAAGCAACGACAUCUUGGCAGUCACCACUGGCCCAGACAUUCGAGAAAUGGGCACUAGACGAAAGCUGGCGUCUAUGCCCCGGAUGCGACAAGUUGAUGCCGCAGAGAUUCUUGGCGGGCGCAUCGGGAACGAACGCAAUCUGUAGAACCAAGCAGACGACACGUUGCAGUCAUUGCACCUCCGAUGGAAAGACGGGAUAUCCCAUACCAACCCCAGAGGACGUCCCCGAACCGCUGCGGCGAGUCCCCUACAUCGUCCUGGAGGCUCUGCGGCCGUUUCGCAUUAGUUGCGGUCCGGGGGAGAAAGCACCUCAUGGCUAUUGGGUGCACACGGCGCCCAUCAGAUUUUAUUGGAAAGAACAAUCUCUGGAGGAGCGCAUCGCGGAUGUGAGCCAAGAAGAGGACCGCCAUCGAGCACAGGACCUGGCAAGCUGGUUGAUGAAGAACGAACAGUCUUCGUUCAAGAAGUUCGAUGCGCUGCAGCGCACGUUUCUGGCCGCCCUGGAAGACGACAAAGACGUCUCGCCGAGAAUGCCACUCGCCUUCAUGGAAACCGUCGGGAUCGAAUGUGCAGCCUGGCCUCAUCUCUACUGGGAAACCAGUAUGUGCGAGACCUUUGUGCGGUCACAAGACAGACGACGAUUGGAGAAGGCAGGCAAGCCGGACGAAGAGGAGGUCGACGAGGGCGAGGACGACCUCGUCAUCUGCGCAGAGCGCCGACAGAGUGCAAAAGCAUCGUUUUUCGCAAAGCUCAUGUCACGUGUUAUUGGGUACGGGACGGAGCAUGAGCUGGUGCAGUUCAUAUACGAUCUGUGGAUGUACAGCGGCAUCGGAGGUGCAAAGAAUGCCGUGAAGACAGAGCUUCGAGCGGCACUGGCCGGCAAAUCCUUCUCGCCGGAAUUCUGGAAGACGAAGCAUGCCGCGUUACAAGAUUUGCAGGCUCAGCUAGGCACUCCAACCAUGUUUCUUACAAUAGCGCCAUACGAAUGGACGGCUCCAUAUCAUCGAUGGAUCUUGGACGAAAUGAGCAAGACAGCUCGUUCGAGGACGAAUCUGCCCGCGGCGGAAAGCCUUCAUCUUGCGCAUAUCCUGACAGAAGCAGUUCGAGGUCUUUUGACCGGCAGUUACAGCGACUCGUGCCAGGACGAGUGUCUUCUUUCGGGAUGCAGGAAAGCGGUUUUCUUCGCUCGCCUCGAAUUUCAGGACGGAAAACGUCAAACUUUGGAGCAGCAAAUGCGCGCACAAUUCUACCAUGGUAGAGGCACCGUGCACGUGCAUGCGCUCAUUUGGCUGCAAGACGCAGACAGCAAGGCGCGUUUGCCCGAAGUCGUGGCGGCCACGCUCCCUCCUGCCAAAACUCCGCUAGGAUCUCUGGUCCGGGGAUCUCAGCUGGAUCGCCAGGACAGCUCCUGGCCUUUGCGAGACGAAGCUUCCGAGUGGGAUGUCCAGGCCAACACUCUGAAGUUGCAACAUCCCCAAGAUGCCUUUGCUGCGCACUGUCGAGCAUAUAUGCCGGAUAUCAUGGGUGCGUUAAAAUGUCAUAUGGAUGUUCAAGCAGGCGACGGUCGAGGACAUGUUCUGCGCUAUACGGCAGGCUACAUUCCCAAGUUUUCAGCGGCCUUGCCCACACACACGGAAGACGCAGAUGCACAUGAUAUCGGGGUCAGAAUCUUGUCAGAGUAUCAUCCACUGGAGAUGGAGAUGAUGCUACAAUUGGGCUCUCACAUGUUUCCACAGUGUUUUCACACCGGGAGCAUCCGGCGUGUUGUCGUACCCGUGCCAUGGGAGACGAGCAAAAUGCCUGCAGAGAUACAGCGCUACAUGCAAUGCGAUUGGCGUGCUCCCUCCAUGUCUUUGUUGGAUUUCCUGCGUCUGAGCGAUCGACAAGGCAACAUACACAGCUUCGUGAAAAAGCAGUAUGCACUAGAACACCGAACAACAUCCCUGGAGAAUUUCGUCAACAAGUGUCGACCGGCAGGAGAAGUGCUGGUGGCAGCCAUCAGGUAUUCCCGAGGGAACCCCAACUUUUUCAAGCAAUGGCUGAUGAUGCAUGUUCCCUUCCGGCAGAUAGACGAUCUGUGGAUUCAAAGGGCCGAAGUUGUGCCGGCCGACUUACAGGGGCUGGCCUUGUGUCUGCUACAUCGACCGAGAUUCUGGCGCUCUAUGGCAGCAAUUCGCCGCGAAAUGGAGCUCGAGGCGUGUCGCGACGUCUUCAUCGAGACGAGGUUGGAGGAAAUCAGGGCGGCAACGGAGCUGAUCGACUCGUAUUUAAGCGGCAUGAGACAAGUCAACAUGUCGUCCAAUGCCACAGAAGAGGAGACGACGACCGACCAGAUAGCAGCGCUGCGACAGGCCAUGCAGAAUGGCGCAGUGGCGGCCGUCGCGUGCCCUACGGGUCUACAGUCGGCCACAUACAGGUGCAGCUUUCCCGACGCCCACGUGGAGACCGUCCACAGCUUCUUCGGCUUACACGCGCAAGAAGAACUAACGUUAGGCCUCUUAUCAGACUACGAUCUGAUCGUCGUGGAAGAAGUGGGACAGAUCACUUGCGCACAUUUCGAAAGGAUAUGGCGCCUCUGGGAAGCGGUCGAUCGACGGCCCGUCUUGCUCUUCGUGGGUGACUUUAUGCAGCUUCCUGCAAUCGACGACACCUCUGCACGAGACAGUCGUCGGUGGAAGGAAGUCCAUGCAUGGGAGUUCACCACCCUGCUGCGGAGCGAGUGUGCACAACUUUCAGAGAAACUGGCGUUGCUGCGGCACCAAUGCCCGAACGAAGACCAAUUACGAUGGAUUCUACGCGGCCAUCGCGCCAGUGUCGCAGGAGGCACCGAACCCACUAUGGCAGAGGUCGCAACAGUCCUUGCAAAGCACCCCAAUGCGACCUUGGUGACAUAUACACGUCGAGCUGCAGCAGAGAUGAAUCGCAUGGCCGUAUCUGCCUUCUUCCAGGGCGUCGAGCCUGUAGCUUGGAUUCCCGCAGACCCAGAUAGCAACGCUGAUAAUUUCCGCGGUCGGGACUGCGUCUCCUUUGCCCCGAACCAGAUCGCCAUCCAUAUUGGCAUGCGCCUGUCUCUGACAAGAAACAUAAACAAAGGCAAGGACCACGUGAACGGCAUGAGCUGCAUCGUGGAGGCCGUCAACCAGCACAGCCUGGAAGUGCGGACGGCCAGUGGUCGACAAUUGGUCAUCUCGAGAAUCACCGAAGACAAGACUCUUCAUGACAACACCGUCUAUCGGUCCACCUUCUUCCCAGUUCGUCUGGGAUAUGCCACGACUUUGCAUAAGGUUCAGGGGUCGACCCUGGAUUACAUGGCGGUCUGGCUGGAUAAGCCAAAUGUGCGCGCCGCAGGGUAUGUGGCGCUGUCGCGCGUGCGGCGCGACAACAACUGGUGCUUUUUCGAGCAGUUGACUGUAGAGCACUUGACACCGUGGCGCCGCCGCGCGUGA